AUGGCAGGACAUCCCAGCUCGGAAUUGGCCAAUAAUAAAGAGAACCGGCUAGGUCAGGCAACCGCUCUGCGAAACGCGGCGAAGAAUGGCAAACUUACACAAGUCCGUGGGCUUUUCAACAGAAGCAUCAUUGACAGAAGCAUCAUUGACACGCCGGACGAUGAGGGCUACACCGCAUUAUCAUGGGCGGCCACGAAUGGACACGCGGAUGUAGUCGCGUACCUAGUUAAAAAUGGGGCCGACGUCAACUCCAACGCACAGAAAAUGCCUGGGAACACUGCUCUUCUCCUGGCGGUAGCGCACUCGAAGCGCGGGACAGGCGCCUUAUCCGAGGGCCAUUUCAAGAUUGUGAAACAGCUCCUAGAGGCCGGCGCCAAAGUCAAUGCGAGAGUGGAAGGAGGACCCACGGCGCUUUUGCAAGCAGCUCGAGACGGCCAGUACGAGAUUGUGGAGAAUCUCUUCACGGCCGCCGACAUUGACAUUGGCAUCAAAGACCACGAGGGCCAUACGGCGCUUUCAACGGCGUGCGGCAGGGGCUUCUACGAGAUCGCCGAGAUACUCCUCCGACGAGGCCGCGCCCGGGCAAGAGGGGAUAGCAUAGCGAUCGUACGUGCGGCGCAACAAGGCAGCCUAGACAUCGUCAAGCUGCUUCUGGAAAACAUGGAGGAAGUCGACGUCAACGUGAGAGACGAACGGGGCCGCACGGCGAUCUCAUACGCCGCCCAGUCCGGCAGCGUCGACAUAGUUCAGCCCCUACUGCAGCGCAAUGCCGACAUGAAUAUCCAGGACAACGAGGGCCACACAGCUGUCGGGCGGCUCAAAGUGAUGAGCCAAAGUCCCAACACGAUGCGGUCUCACCACAUUGGGAGGUUCAGCAAGGUCGCUAAGCACCAGGGUUCGUUGAGGGCGUGCGGGUGA